AGGUCCUGGAUGUGGUUCUGAUUAAAGACGAAGACUCGGACGGGUUCCACAGCAUUGACGUCGGAGAACAGCGGCGCCAGGAUGGCGGAGUGGCAGCCGCCAGCGAAGCCGCCUCCUCGGCUCGGUCCGUCCGGCGGCGGCCGCCGCCGCAGCCGGCCGUACAUAUACGGCGACCCGUCGGCGCCGAAGUCAUCCAAACUGUCGGCCGGAUCACAACAGAACGUCCCGGUCUACAGCCUGGACUCGCCCCGCAGCGACCCGGGCGGCUCGGCGCCGGACAACGUCCAGCUGAAGGCGGACGCCUCGGACUGCUCCUACCCGGACGUCCAGCUGGUCCAGGACUGCUCCCUGGCGCCGCCGGGCCCCAGCAGGCAGCUGUUCUUCAGCAGUGCCGCCCUGAUGGAGGCCCCGUCUCCCUCCAACCGGGCCGACCUGGACCUGAACCUGGACCCGUCCUGGUCCAAACAGCCCAAAGGCUCCAUGGCGUUCGCCCAGUUCUGCCCCGACGAGAACCUGGAGGGCGACGUGUUCAGCCUGAAGCUGGUCGGCAUCGCCGGCUCCGCAGACGACCACGGCGGCGCCGCCUUCGAGUUUGAAAACGGCCGCGGCGGCAUGCUGAACUUCGGGCUGUACGGAUCCUCGCCGGGUCAGCAGCUCUCCGCCGCGGAUCCGGACGACGACUCCCACAGGAAGCGCUUCGUCUGCUCCAUUUGCAACAAGACCUACGCCACGGCGCAGAACCUGGAGGUCCACACCCGCAUCCACACGGGCGAGCGGCCGUUCACCUGCGACCAGUGCGGCAAGAAGUUCACGCAGUCGGCCCACCUGAGGUCGCACCUGAACGUUCACACGGGGGAGAGACCGUACGGCUGUUCGCUCUGCUCCCGCAGCUUCAUGGUCAAGUACAGCCUCAAGCUGCACAUGAAGAAGUGCCACCCCAACAGCUGGGUCCAAACGGGCCCAACCGCUGGGCCCAAACGGCCUGAACCGGGAUUUGUUGCUGCGUUUGCAGUGAAGGAAAGAGGAGAUGAGCUGAACAGGCUGCGAACGGUUCCGCUCGGACCAGCAGGAAAAUGUCUCCGUCCGCCGCGUUUCACUCGCAGCUCGCCUCCAUCAUGGAGGGUUCUGGCCAACACGGCGGUGGCGGAGAUCUGCGAGCUGGUGGACAGCGGCUACGCGGUGCUGCAGCUGGAGAUCAGCCGCAGCCGCAAAGAGAACGAGGUUCUGCGGAGGAAACUGCGGCUCCUGGAGCUGCGGGCGGCGCGCUCUGCCGCGCUCAGAGCCGCCGCGAGCGGCAGCGGCGCCGCGCUGCUGUACGCCGCGAGCGGCCGCCCGCGCGCCAGCCAGCGCGUGCACGAGCCGAGGAGGAGCGUGACACUGACAGAAGUUGCAGCAGAGCUGUCUCUGUCAUCCAAUCAGCAGACUUCUCAGUGCAGAGAGACCCGCCCACCACCAGAACCGGAACCAGAAGCUACAGGACAGAUGGCAGCUGCAGCCGAGGCCACAGUGGUGAUCAAGGUGGAGGAUGAGGAGGAAGAGGAGGAAGAGUCCUGGUCCCAGUCCGACCCUCAUGGUCGGUUCUGUGGCGGUUCUGAGGAUCAGCCCGAGGCAGAAGCUUCGUCCUCGCUGGUCAAACAGGAAGAGAGCAGCGCAGACGGCGGCGUCUCUUGGACCAGCACGGAGGUGAACUCCACCUCCACCCAGCAGACCAAUCAGAGGCCAGAAGCCAGCGGCUACGACUGCAUGAUGCUGCAGCAAGCCUCCCGUGCUGCAGCAGCAGAACCCGGCGGCUCCUCCGGGUUUGUUCCCGGCAGAAACGCUUCAGCCGAUUCAGGAAGCGGCUUCAGCCACAGCGAGGCGAGUCUGUCUGCAGCGGGGCAGCGGCGGCAGCAGGGGGCGCCACAGAGGGACGGCUGGCGGCCGCAGAGCGGCGGCGGCGCCACAGGGAAGACGUUCACCUGCAGCUUCUGCGGGAAAAGCCUGGCCUGCCUGAAGAACCUGAAGACCCACAUGCGGGUUCACACGGGCGAGAAGCCGUACGUCUGCGCGCUGUGCGGGAAACGCUUCUCCGACUCCAGCAACCUGAAGCGCCACCAGAGCGUCCACACGGGAGAAACGCUACGGCUGCGUCCACUGCGGGAAGCGCUUCGCCCAGUCCGGCUCGCUGAAGGUCCACAUGGCCGUCCACACGGACUGCGGCCAGUUCCGCUGCUCCGUCUGCGGGAAGGCCUUCACCUCCGCCGGCCACCUGAGGAGACACGUCGCCAUGCACGCCGGGGACAAGUGCUUCCCCGCCGCAUUACCGUGACGACCGUCAGCAGACGCUGCGUCCCUCAGCUGCAAUUUCAGACCAGCUGUCGGCCGUCAGCGUCGCUUCCUGUAGCGGCUCUGACGCUUCCUCCUGGACGGAUCAGAGCCACAGGAAGACUUCCUGUUGGACUUCCUGUUGGCGGUCCGGAUCAUCAGGAUCAUCAGGAUCCUCCCACUAAAUGUGGAAACUGUUUCUGUGCAAAUUGUGACAUUUUUGUGUACAUUUUUUAAAUUCUGUCAUAUUUUGGCAGAAACAGCUGAUAAAACUACUGCUGUUUUCCUUUUUUCCUGGUUGGCGCUUACAUCACAGCUGUUGGGCUUCUACUGUCCCACAUAGAGGACGUUUGUUCUGCUCUCCUAGAGACGCCAAGAACACAGCAGCUGUUUAAAGACUGAACGUGGAUUUUGAGUCAUGAGUUCCUUUAACUGGUCCAGAGGAAACCCGGAGAACCCGG